UUGACACUUCAUAAUAAUAAACGAAAUGACAACGUGCAGGUAUUAUAGAGAGGUUAUGUUCUAACGAUAAAUAUUGAAUUAAUUUAUUAGUCUGAAUAUUUGAAAUUAUAAGAUCGUUGCCAUGGAUGAAUUGAUAGUAGGAACCUACGAAGGCUUUAUGCUAGGCUAUUCAAUACGGACUGAAGAUGAGGUAAUGAAAUUAAAGCAGACGUUUGCUACCCAUUCGCAUACGUCGUCAGUACGUUGUGUUUCAGUGGCUGGCAAAUUUCUUGCCUCUGGUGGUACAGACGACAAAGUCGUUGUGAUCGACAUGAAGUCUCGUAAGGAACACACAGUGCUUAUGAAUCACGAUGGGACAAUAAAUGCGGUCGCUUUUACUCAUAAUGGAACACAUCUUUUGACUGGCAGUGAUGAUGGGUCAAUAAUUGUGACAAGAACAGGCAACUGGCAAAUAGAAAAGAUAUGGAAAAAGGCUCAUGGAGGUCAACCUGUCACAGCAAUUGCUGUACAUCCAUCAGAUAAAUUGGCCCUAAGCAUUGGAGGCGACAAAACACUAAGAACUUGGAACUUGAUCAAAGGCCGACCAGCAUUCACAAUUAACCUUGCUAGUAAAGGUGUUUUAUUGCCAACAGAAAUUAAAUUUUCCCCUGAUGGAGAUAGAUUUUCAUUGGUUUCUCAACAGACUGUUGAUGUUUGGACAAUAAGUAAGGCAGGAGUAGAAAAGAGGAUAACUUGCAGCUCUAAACCAAGUUCAGUGCAGUGGCUGACAAAUGAAAGGCUAUUUAUAGGUUUAGAUAAUGGGAAUAUUAUUACCCUUACUAUAUCAGAUACUCAGGCUUUGACAUACCCAGCUCACAAGCACAGAGUCAAGUCAUUGUAUUAUGAAAAUGAAAUGCUAUAUUCUGCAUCUAGUGGAGGCGAAUUAAAAGUAUGGUCAGUGGAUGAUUCAAAGUUAAGUGAAUUAUGUUCAUGUAAUGCUGCAUGUAGAGUCACUUGUGUAACAUUAAAUAGACAAAGCCAUUUAAUUAAAAAAGAAGACCAUUCUGAUGAUGAAUUGGAAACAAAAAAUAAAGCUAAUGAUGAGGAUGUGAAUGAAGGUUCUGAUGAAGCAGAGGAAAUGCCAUCUAUCCCUCCUAAAAGGAAGCCAGGAGCAUUUGUGACCAUCAGUUAUGGAGAUGAUACUAAUAAUGAUAAUGAAGAUAAAGCGGCUGAGACCAAUCCACCUCCAGCAAAGAAGUUCAAAAAAAGAAAACGCAACAAAAAGCCUAAACUCCAAAAACCAGACAAUUAAAUAUUUUAAUGUAAU